UAAACGUCAAACAUCGUGAAUGUUAUUCAUUCUCUCUAUGGAUUAUAGAAAAUGGAGUGGUAUUUUAGCUCAUAUUAAAUAAAAACUAUUACUAUAGUGCUAUAUGAAAUUAAAUGUUUGUCAUAAAUUUCGCAAUGCUUUAAAAGCGCUUUAAUAUCCGUCAAAUUAUAAACAACAUGGCGGAUGUUAAAAAUUCCAAUGAAACAACAAAUUCUUCGAAACUAAAUAAUCGUAAUAGUAGCAAAUCGAAUUCAAAUGGACCACGGGCGAUCACUAUUUGCAAAACUGAAACAGGAUUUGGUUUCAAUGUCCGUGGGCAAGUGUCCGAAGGUGGACAGUUGCGUUCAAUAAAUGGGGAGUUAUAUGCACCUUUACAGCAUGUGAGUGCUGUCUUAGAUCAAGGGGCCGCAGAACUAGCUGGAAUUCGAAAAGGGGAUCGUAUAUUAGAAGUAAAUGGUGUUAGUGUUGAAGGAGCGACACAUAAGCAAGUUGUAGACCUAAUAAAAUCUGGUGGAGACUGUUUAACACUCACUGUAAUUUCAGUCUCUCAGCAAGAAGCUGAAAAAUUAGAACCUGCUGAAGAUACAUCUGGAUAUUCAUAUAUUGACUAUACUGAGAAACGAUCACUUCCAAUUAGCAUUCCAGAUUACCAUGUUAGUAUUCGUGGUGGUGAAAAGUUUGUAUCAUUCAACAUACACAUGGCAGGGAGACAUUUAUGCUCCAGGAGAUAUAGGGAAUUUGCUAAUCUACAUUCCAAUUUGAAAAAAGAAUUCACAGGUUUUAAUUUUCCAAAAUUACCUGGAAAAUGGCCAUUUCAACUUAGUGAACAACAACUCGAUGCAAGAAGAAGAGGUUUAGAGCAAUACAUUGAGAAGGUUUGUGCUGUUCGUGUUAUUGCGGAAUCUGAUAAUAUGCAAGAUUUUUUGACUGACUCUGAAGAUGAUGCACCUGUGUUAGUUGAUCUAAAAAUUCUUUUACCUGAUCAUCAAGUAGUUACAGUUGCUGUUAGUAAAUCUAGUAGUGCUAGACAUGUCUGGAAAAUUGUUUGUGAUAAAGCACAGCUUUCACAGUUUACACAAAAAUAUUUUUAUUUAUUUGAAAUAGUGGAAUACAAUUUUGAGAGAAAAUUGCAACCAGAUGAAACACCCCACACGUUAUAUGUACAAAAUUACAGUACGGCUUCAAGCACAUGUUUAACAAUUAGAAAAUGGCUAUUCUCUAUUCGAUUAGAGCUAGAAAUACCUUCAAAUGAUCCUGCUUCUUUAUACAUAUACUACCAGACUGUGGAUGAAGUGAAUAGAGGUCAUGUCAGAGCUGAGGAAAGACUGUAUGAAUUGAAAGCUUUACAAGACCCAGGAACUAGACGUGAAUAUUUAGAUCUUGCUCGAACAUUAAGUGGUUAUGGUGAAGUAGUUUUUCCUCAUUGUGCUACUGAUAGUCGGAAAGAUGGCCAUGUUAUUCCUUCCAUAGGUGAGAAAAGUUUUCGUUUGACUGCAUGCAGUGCAGAUGGCCAACCUGAGUCACAAAUAGUAGAAUUUGCCUGGUCCACAAUAAUACGCUGGGAAAGCGAUGAUGAAGCCAUGGCUUUUUGUUUAGAAUAUGAUAGAGGUCAGGAUAAGGGUACCCGUUGGCUAAAAGUGUUCACACCUUAUCACAUAUACUUAGCUGAUUGCUUUGAUCGAGUUGCUGAGGAACGCAAAGAUUAAUUGUGUACCCAUCAUUAUCAUAUUAAGGAACAAGCCACUUUUAAAGGUACAAUUUAUUUUUAAUUUUAUCUACCCUAUAAAAAUUUAUUUGAACAUCUAGCCUGAAU